AUGUCAAACAUUCAUCAGAAUUCAAAUUCAACUGAUCCUACCCAUCCUUGCAGUCCCUACUAUAUUGGGGGAAAUGACAAUUCAGGGGCAAUAUUAGUCACUCAUGUGCUUGACAACACCAACUAUUAUGCUUGGGCAAGGUCCAUCAAAAGGGCACUUCGAAUUAAAAAUAAACUGGGCUUCAUUGAUGGAAGCCUUUGUGAGCCAGCAGAUUCCAAUAGUUUUCUGAUGGAACACUGGCUACGCUGCAGUGAUAUAGUAAUUGCUUGGCUACAAAACACUGUGUCCGUUGAUAUUAAGUCCCAUACACUUUAUGCUGACACCGCUUGCCAACUCUGGCUGGACCUGGAGCACCAGUUAGGACAGCAAAAUGCCCCAAGGAUUUACGAAGUAAAACAGUCCAUUGCUACACUAAUGCAAAAUGAAGACAUUGUAAGUGUGUAUUUCUCAAAAUAUAAGACACUUCUUGAUGAAUUGAUGAACUGUGAGUCCAUUCCCAACUGCACUUGUGGAGGUUUUAAAUCUGUCAUUGAGAACCAACAAAGAGACUGGUCUUUUCCCACUUUGAACGAGGUCUACUCUAUAGUCCAGCAAGAGGAGAAAAGAAGACAAAUAUCAAGUGAUACUUCUGUACCUGACUCUAUGGUUUUUGCAACCAGAGGAAACUGCCAUAAUUCAACAAGGCCGAAUGUGAUGGGACAGAGAAAAUACUACUGCGCCUUUUGUAAGGUGCCUGGACAUUCACUAGAAAGAUGCACCAAGGCCAAUCCUAACAAAUCCACUUAUAGCCACUGCCACAUGACAGGACACUCUGUGGACAAAUGUUAUAAAGUUCAUGGAUACCCCCCCUGGACACAGGGGCAAGGAGAUGCCAACAAGCACAACCAAGUGACAUUCACUCAGGAGCAGCAUGCACAACUUCUGGCUUUACUGCAAAAUAGCAAAUGCCUUCCUAGCACAACACCUGCAGACACACAUGCUUCCAAACUCCCUGGUAUCUCUUCUUGUUUAUCAGCCUAUGACAUCAAACCUAGUAUUGGUAAAAACCCUAACAUACCAUGGAUAAUUGACAUAGGAGCAACAGAUCACAUGGUCUGUUGCACUGCAUUUUUCAGCAACAUUCAAGCCAAAGUAUCUUUUUCCGUCUCCCUUCCAAAUGGUGAUCUAGUUAAUGUCACACACAUUGGAAUUGUAAAGCAAUCUCAAGUUUCUCCUUCAGCUUUAACGGAAACCCUUACUCUUAUCCCAAAUAGAACUUCUAUGUCAGCAUCUAUUCUCAGCAAUAACAAGGAUUUUGAUCUCUGGCAUUAUAGGCUGGGACAUCCAUCUCAAUCUAGAUUAGAUUUGUUAAAUAUCAAAUAA